GAAUAAAUACGUGUUUUGCACAAGAUCGUAAACACCUUUUGAUUGUUUAAAUUGAUUAUUAUUUUCUACAGAAAUAAAGUGUUCAAUAUUUAACAACAUCAGAUUUAUAAAGUUAAAGGUUUAUAAUAGUUAAAUUUUUUAUUUAUAAAAGUUUUCCAGCAAACAUGAGUCUGUUAGGGCUAGUCGAUUAUGGAAGUAGUGAUGAGAGUGACAAUGAUGAUUCUCAAGAAGGAAAUAAAAUAACUACAAAUUCAAUCGAUGUUAGUUGUAAUGAUAAUUCAACAAAUAUAAUAAACACAAAACUCGAAAACGCAACCAUAAAUGUUGAUAAGGUACUCGAAAAUACUCCAGUGUUGACUGAAAAAAAAUCUAGGUUAGAAUCACAGCAGGAUGAAGACGACGAUAUACGUCCUUCAGAAAGUAUUUUCUCAAGUCUUCUCCCACCACCUAAGGACAAUUUAGUCGGUAGUAGCAUUCUUGAAGAAGAUGUUCCUGUAAUAGUAAAUAAAUUUCCCAUUGAAAAACCACCGGGGAAAAAAAGAGGUCCUGUUCAGAUUUCCAUUCCUUCAUUAUCUGAUUUUGAUGAUCUCGAUGAAGAAAAGGAUAAAAAAAUGACAAAACCUCAACCUUCAAAAAAAUUACCUGGAGUAUUGAAUUUACUUCCUCCUCCAAAAGAUGAACUAAUAAGCACAGCUAAAUUAGUUCCACAUACUUUGACAAAGAAAGUUAUGAAAAAUACAUUAACACCAACGCAAAUAAAACAUCAAGCAAAAAAUCGUGCUCUUGAAAAAACUAAAGUUAAUUCUAAUAAAACUAAAUCAACACCUAUGUUGGAUUCAGAUUCAGAAGAUGAAGAUGAUAAGAAGGAUAGUAAAGAUGGAAAAAGUAUCGACUUUUUCUCACUUUCUGAACCAAUAAAUAUUCCUCUUUCUGAUGAAAUUGUUGCUUCAAACAUGCUACCUCUGGAAGAGAUGAAAAAUUCAGUAGAAACCACUUCUAGCUCAAAUAUAAAUGAUGUUGAAGAUACUGGAACCACAGAAGAUGGAAAGAAAUUAAUAAGUACUGUAAUGAAUUUACCCAAAGAUGAAAUUAUUCAAAAAAAUAAAGCUGAAGUUGGUCCAAAACUGCCAGUACCAGAACAAGAAUUUAAUGUAGAUACUGAAGGAAAUUUAGCAUUUGAUGAAAAGGCAAUUGAGUAUCUCUGUGGUAAAAGAGGAGUUAAAAGAAAAAAUGAAUUGAUAAAUGAAGCUGAAAUUAUUCAUAUCAGUGGAGAAGAUAUAAAACCAGAUGAAAGGGAAUGGUUAGUUAAAGCGUUAACAGAAGAACCAAUACAGAGACCAAUUUCUUUAAAAGUUACUGCAGGUGGUCAAUCGAAAAAGAAACAUCAAAUUACUUAUCUCGCUGAGCAAGCUAAGGCUAUGGAGCUUGAGUUGAAAAACCAAUGGGCUUCUAAUAGAUUGAAUAGACGCCAAGCUAAAUCUAAAUAUGGAUUUUAGACUCAAUUAUAGUGGAUAAUAACUUUAUAAAAAAAUAAAAUAAAAUAUCAUUUGUAAUAAAAAUAUCAAAACUUUUAUUUCAACAUUAAUUAAUUUAUAAUCGAGAGUCUAGAGUAUUAUUAAAGUAUUGAAUUUCAGUAUCUUGUCAACAAGGUUCACUUCUCUAUUCUAAUUACGCCAAAUCUAUGAUAGUUGGAGAAGCCCGUGAAAAACGAGUUUAGGUAUGGCCAUCUCUGAUCAGAUUAGUAUUAUGUGACAAUACAGAUCUGAUCAGAUGGAACAGAUAUAAUCAGAUUAAAAUUUUAGAUCUGAAACGAUCUAAAUAGACAUGACAUCUAUUUAGAUGCUAACAGAUGAAAGGUAUUCAGAUCUGUUUGAAUCUGAUCACAACUAAAUAAAGUUGUUAAUGUUCUAUAGACAGAAAAAUCAGAUCUGAUCAUAUUAAGAAAAAAGUUUAUCAGUCUGAAUCCUAAAUCUGAAAAAGAAUUAAUCACUUUUGUAAAGGAUUUAAGAAAAAUAAAUAGCUGCAGUUAUACGAAUAGAUGAUUUAUAUAGUGAAAAUUAUUACAGUUUACGAAGUAUUAUUUUGAUUUUACCUGAAUCACUAUAAAAAAAUUUAUUUUGAUCAUGAUUUAACGACUACAUUUAAGAAAUGUACAUAUUAAUAUUAUUAAUAAAAUUUUAAAUAAUUCAUCAAAUUUAAGUUAUUUAUAUAUAAUUGAUUAUUAGUUCCUUAUGUGGAAUAAAAGCUUGAAUGACAUUAAAUAUGCCUGUUCCUCCCUCAGAAUACGUUCCUGAGUGGCUAAGACCGUUGGAUUGCCUGGAACAAGCCUUAACAUCAUGCUCCAAAAGUUUAAGUUCAUCUUGCCUUCUAAAGUUUUAGAAGAGGAGAAGUUGCAAAGAGAACAUGAGAGGAAGAAAAGAAAUUCAUAAAAUAAUGUUUCGAGGACGACUAAACUAUAAGAGAAAUUUUUAACGCAAAAAUCACAAAUCCUGAGUCCUAACCAGACAAAUAAUUAUUUUUUAAAUAAUAUCAAAUUAUUCCGAUCAAUGGUUGUCUUUUAAUAUUUUUUUUUUGUAGUUGAUUAUUGAAAGAAAAAAAGAAUAAACUUGCGUGAUAGAAAAGUAUAAAAAUAAAAAAAAAAAAGUAAAAUAACUACAAAUUAAAUCGAUGUUAGUUAUAAUGAUAAUUUAACAAAUAUAAUAAACACAAAACUCGAAAAUGCAACCAUAGGCGUUGAUCAGGUUUAAGUUGAAAAUAGUCCAGUGUUGAAAAACCAAUGGGCUUCUAUAAUAAAUUAGCUAGACGCCAAGCUCAAUCUGAAUAUGGAUUUCAGACUCAAUUACAGUGAAUAAUAAUUUUAUAAAAA